CUAAGAUGGACGAUGCAUGAGCGAGGCUCUGCGAUAAUCCUGUCUGCUGGACUACCACUACUUCCCUCCUGGGCAAAGUCGCAGAAGAAUUCUUUGCUACGCUGCGGGGAAGCGGAAAGCUGAUCGCAACUAUGUAUGUACCUCGUAGGUAGAGUAUUCAGAUACAUACGCGAAGUCCGUCGCGAUGGACGAUCGCGUGUAUGUACCUAGGCAUGUAUGCAUACGUCCCUCAAGCAAGCCAGCUGGCCGGUCGCCUAAACUAUUUACAAUAAUGCCCACCUACCUCUUAGAACCGACCGUCGAUCAUGAGAAAACCUCCGAUUCGAUGGGGCGGAGCUCACGGUAUGCAGUCACUUUGUUUGCAUUGUUGAGUUGUUCAGGAAGAGGUACUUCGUCGUUACUUUCCGUAGUGCUGACUACGUACAUACUUUGCACUGUGGGGAGGAGAAUUUCACGGGUGGGGUUUGAUUCGAUAGACUUUCUAGUUGUUUUCUCUGUGAUCUGUCUCGUACGGCAGGGCAGACAGCAAGGAGAGAAUAGGGAGGCUUGCUGUCGUGGAUACCUUGUGUUAGAGAGAGGAGAAGGUACCUCGCAAGGAGCGAUCCUUGCGCAUGAAGUUGAGGGUGGGGAUGUGUGUCGUCGGUCGUCGGAGGAUGUAGUCGUCCGUCCCAGGUAGGUGGCUCGUUUCGUUGGUUGAGCUGUGUGUGUAUGUAGCGACUCCGUACCUAGGUAGAUGCC